AUGGGAAUUUUUGAUGGACUUCCCAUUUCCCGAGAUAAAUCGUACUUAAGGGAAGAACUUUCCAAAAUAGAUGAAAGUUGGGCUGCUGCGCGUUUUGAUUCUUUACCUCAUGUUGUCCAUAUUUUGACAUCAAAAGAUCGUGAAGGAGACGUGCAGAUCUUAAAGGAGCAGAGUGAUAUAAUUGAGGAAGUUGUUGACGAAGUAGUUCAUGCCUAUCAUGGUGGUUUCAACAAAGCAAUCCAAAAUUAUUCUCAGAUUUUGCGGUUAUUUAGUGAAUCUGCUCAAGAUAUUGGGGUCUUAAAGGUUGAUUUAGCGGAAGCGAAAAACCUUCUUGGAGCACGUAAUAAGCAAUUACAUCAAUUAUGGUAUCGAUCUGUUACGUUGCGGCACAUCAUAUCUUUGUUAGAUCAAAUUGAGGGCAUAGCUAAGGUUCCAGGACGUAUUGAAAAACUCAUUGCUGAAAAGCAGUUUUAUGCUGCAGUGCAGUUGUACGUUCAAUCAAGGUUGAUGCUUGAGAGAGAGGGCCUCCAAAUGGUUGGUGCUCUUCAAGAUGUCCGGUCUGAAUUGACAAAAUUGCGAGGAGUACUUUUCUAUAAGGUUUUGGAGGAUUUGCACUCCCAUCUCUAUAAUAAGGGUGAAUAUAGCUCAGUGGUCUCGAGUAUAAAUGAAAUUGACGAGGCAAUGCCAACUACCACAGCUAUUGCAUUUUCUAUGAACAAUUCACAGCGUCUCUCUCGAAGAACCAGGUCGCUGAAAGGAGACAAUCAGCUUGUAACAUAUGGUGCUGGAGAUAGAUUCUACAGACCUAGUUCUGUUGAUGACGGGUCGUCAUUUGAUGGCCAAGACGAGGAUGGUACUACGGAUGUCCAAGAUGAUGCUACAUCUGAUGGAUAUACUAUUAUGAGGGUCAACGGUGGUGAUACUGUUUCAAGGGAUGGAAAAAUUGUUUCUCGUCAAAUACCCACAUGGCUUUCAGAUUCUACUCCUGAUGAAUUUGUUGAAGCAAUGAGAAAGAGUGAUGCUCCACUGCAUGUCAAGUAUUUGCAGACCAUGGUUGAGUGCCUCUGCAUGCUUGGAAAAGUUGCUGCUGCUGGAGCCAUGAUAUCCCAAAGAUUGCGGCCUACAAUUCAUGAGAUAAUUAUUACCAAGAUCAAAGCUCAGGCAGAUCGCGUUAACGGAUCUAGGCCUGGCAUCGGCCAAGCUGCCUCAACUAUGCUUACAGGUCUCCACUAUCUAAAGGGGCAACUGGAGAGUCACCGAUUGCCUAAACAAAAGCGUCAGAAUGGGAUAACAUUGGCUGGAACUUUAUUAGCAGUCAGCCCGGUCUCCCCAGUAAUGUCUCCUGCUGGAACAGCACAAACUGCAGCAAAGGAACUCCUUGAUUUAAUUCUGGAAACUGUUGUUCGGAUAUUCGAAAACCAUAUUAUUGUUGGAGAACUUCUUGAAUUGAAGUCUUCGCAACUAGUUGACUUGAACACACCAAAAGUAAUGGCUGCAGAUAUUAACUGGAAUCCUGAUUCUGAUGCAUCUCAUGAAACUGGCGGCUACACACUUGGAUUUUCCUUAACUGUGUUGCAGAGUGAGUGUCAACAACUCAUAUGCGAGAUCUUACGAGCGACUCCUGAAGCUGCAUCUGCAGAUGCUGCUGUACAAACUGCUAGACUUGCAAGCAAAGCCCCCUCAAAGGACAAGAGGUCAGAAGAUCGUCUUACCUUUGCAUUUCGCUUCACAGAUGCUACUAUUCCGACUCCUAAUCAGGGGGCUGACCUAAUCCGCCAAGGAUGGAGUAGAAGGGGACCAAAUGUACUCCAAGAAGGUUAUGGGACUGCAGCAGUGUUACCUGAACAAGGCAUAUAUUUAGCUGCAUCUGUGUACAGGCCUGUUGUUCAGUUUACAAAUAAAGUUGCAUCAAUGCUUCCUGAAAAGUUUUCUCAACUUGGGAAUGAUGGAUUGCUAACAUUUGUGGAGAACUUUGUGAAGGAUCACUUUUUACCUACAAUGUUCGUAGAUUACCGGAAAGGCGUACAACAAGCUAUAUCAAGUCCAGCAGCCUUUCGCCCACGAGCACACGCAGCUGCUUCUUAUACUCCAUUAAUUGAGAAGGGACGGCCAGUUUUACAAGGAUUAUUGGCAAUAGAUUUGUUAGCAAAAGAGGUACUUGGAUGGGCUCAAGCAAUGCCUAAAUUUGCUGGUGAUCUCAUCAACUAUGUGCAAACUUUUCUGGAAAGAACAUAUGAAAGAUGCCGAACAUCGUACAUGGAGGCUGUCCUUGAGAAGCAAAGCUAUAUGCUCAUUGGAAGACAUGAUGUUGAAAAUCUGAUGCGACUUGAUCCAGCCAGUGCAUGUUUCCAGAAUUCACUUGACCAGGGAAUUCCAAAAACCAAUGCUUCUGAUGCCGUGAGCACUGAGGUUGAAAUGGAAUUAAGUGAUAUAUUACUGAACUUAAGGCCAAUUAAGCAGGAGAACUUGAUUCUUGAUAGUUCUGUUAUGAUUUCUUUUGAGAAGGAUAAUCAAGGUAGUGAUAAUAGGAACAAAGUAAGUGGUCUAUGGGGAAAUGAAGAGCUUGGGAAAUCAUCCUUGAAAGAUCGUGAUCAGCUAGAAGAGAAGCGGAGCCAGAAACCCCCGCAUCAUUCUCGUACGAGUAGUGCACCUUCUAAGGAUCUUGGAUCAUUUGCUGUCGAGUAUAGAAAAUUGUCAAUCGAUUGCCUAAAGGUUCUACGUAUAGAGAUGCAACUGGAGACUAUUUUCCAUAUGCAGGAAAUGACAAAUAGGGAAUAUUUGGACGACCAAGAUGCGGAGGAGCCUGAUGAUUUUGUUAUUUCAUUAACUUCCCAGAUAACCCGUCGAGAUGAGGAAAUGGCGCCCUUUGUUGCAGGAGAGAAACGAAAUUACAUAUUUGGGGGAAUAUGCAGUAUUGCAGCAAAUGCAUUUAUGAAGGCUUUGGUUGAUAUAAAGUAUAUCAACCUUUUUGGGGUUCAGCAGAUAUGCCGUAAUUCAAUUGCGCUGGAACAGGCUUUGGCUGCUAUCUCUUCAAUUGAUAAUGAAGCUAUACAGUUGAGAUUAGAUCACAUCCGAACUUACUAUGAAUUGCUAAACAUGCCCUUUGAGGCAUUGCUUGCAUUCAUUGCAGAGCACGAGAACCUAUUCACGUCUGCAGAGUAUACAAAUCUUCUUAAGGUCCAGGUUCCCGGGAGAGAAAUUCCAUCUGAUGCUGAGGACCGAGUGGCUGAGGUUUUACCCCGCUAA